CACAAGACUUGCGGCCUCAGCCCCUCCAAAGAGCCAAGAGAUGACCGGGAAAGCGGGGGAAGCGCUGAGCAAGCCCAAAGCCGAGACAGUGGCCAAGAGUACCUCGGGGGGCGCCCCGGCCAGGUGCACCGGGUUUGGCAUUCAGGAGAUCCUGGGCUUGAACAAGGAGCCCCCCAGCUCCCACCCGCGUGCUACCCUCGACGGUCUGGCCCCAGGGCACUUGCUGGCUGCCCGUUCGGUGCUCAGUCCCGCAGGAGUGGGCGGCAUGGGGCUACUGGGGCCCGGGGGGCUCCCCGGCUUCUACGCACAGCCCACCUUCCUGGAAGUGCUGUCCGACCCGCAGAGCGUCCACUUACAGCCGCUGGGCAGAGCGUCGGGGCCGCUGGACACCAGCCAGACGGCCAGCUCCGAUUCUGAAGAUGUUUCCUCCAGCGACCGAAAAAUGUCCAAAUCGGCUUUGAACCAGACCAAGAAACGGAAGAAGCGGCGACACAGGACAAUCUUUACCUCCUACCAGCUAGAGGAGCUGGAGAAGGCAUUCAAUGAAGCCCACUACCCUGACGUCUAUGCCCGGGAGAUGCUGGCCAUGAAAACGGAGCUGCCUGAAGACAGGAUACAGGUCUGGUUCCAGAACCGCAGAGCCAAGUGGAGGAAGCGGGAAAAGUGCUGGGGCCGAAGCAGCGUCAUGGCCGAGUAUGGACUCUACGGGGCCAUGGUGCGCCACUCCAUUCCCCUGCCAGAGUCCAUCCUCAAGUCCGCCAAGGACGGCAUCAUGGACUCCUGUGCCCCAUGGCUGCUGGGGAUGCACAAAAAGUCGCUGGAGGCGGCAGCCGAGUCAGGGAGGAAGCCCGAGGCGGAGCGCCAGGCGCUGCCCAAGCUCGACAAGACGGAGCCGGAGGAGCGGGGUUCCGAGCCCCCCGCUGCCAUGUCCCAGGAGGAACUGAGGGAGAACAGCAUCGCCGCGCUCCGCGCCAGAGCGCAGCAGCACAGCACCAAGGUGCUGGGGACUGUGUCCGGCCCCGACGGCCUGGCCCGCAGCGCCGACGAGCCCGAGCGAGAGGAGGCCGCGGACCAAGACAGGCCGGCGGAGAGGCUGAGUCCCGCGCGGCUCGAGGACGUGGCUUAGGCCAGGGUGCGCGCAGACGCCGGAGCCCCAGGACUCUGCUCUCCUCGCCGGCCUGUGGUGUUGGGAGGUGUUCUCCCAGACGAGGCCCCUGCCCCGCAGGCCCUCCGUGCACCCCCCCGCCCCCUCGGGUGACUCCAGCUCGGUUGUGGCUGAGGCUUUGGGCCACGCUGAGACACCCCUACCUAGUCCUGACCUGUCCAGCACCUUCCUCAUCCUCACAGCCCUGCCUCAGAAGCCUUCCUGCUGCCCCAGCCCACCCCCUCAGGCUACGUUCACUCAAUUCUUCCGCUCCUCUCACUGUCUGAAUCCCCCUCUGGUCUCUUGCUCCAAAGCGCCCUCCUUCCCAGCUCUAUACCCACCGGUGGAUUCUGUUCUGCCCAGACCCAAAGCCCUCAGCUGCAAACACUGCCACCGCGGCCCCAGGGAUGAAGAACCUGCUCUCCACGCUGGUGUCUUUGAGCGCCCCAGCCCCGCAGCAGCACUCUGCUCCCCCUUCGGCAGUGUGG